AUGAAUCAACGCCUCCAGGGUCAACUUUCCCCGUCUCUUCUGCUCUCUAGUUUUCACGGUUCGGUUUUUCCCAAAGCCCCACCACCGGGCCAUAUUUCUCUCACUCGUGAUUUUGGCGAUACGUUCAAACCCUUCCCAAUCGGCGGUUUUGACGCAGAGAUUGAUCAUGCGAACCACUGUGUCUUCGUUGGGUUUUCCUCCAGGGCCGAGGCCUCCUUCGAGCAUAUUUCGGAACACGAUGUGAGCGAGGGAGCCAUUACGGACACGUAUUCUCGCGAUGAGCGCCGGGGAAGGAGGGCGGGGGGACAUAAACAGGUUCGGGCUCUGAUUCGGAUGGUAAAUCAUAAUAUUCUCGACUCAGACGAUCAUGCUCGAGGAAUCGAGAUGUCAAUUGCGUAG